UUUGGCGUAAACGCGCGGAUGUGGAUGGUUUUUCGAAGGCACGGUGGUAAUGAGGCACGGCCAACACAUCCGCGCUGUGCAUGUGUAUUUAAUACAUACCCCGAUUCUAUUCAGCACGCGCAUAUUUAAAUAGCUGCCCUGUCAUUUCUUUUAUGUUCUACUAUUCGGGUGCCUUCUCCGCGUCAGCAACGUCCGCGCUCACUUUUACACGUGGGACCUUUUUUGAUCCUGGUUUGGGUUAGUAGUUCACGCAGUCAUCUGAGGGGAAAAGCUCCCGUGUUGGCAGCGAGGACGCGCUGCUCUCCGUCACGUGUGGCUGCUCUUUGUAAAGGUUAACGCGGCUGUGCAGCUCGGUUAACCCCUUGGUUUGCUGUCUGCAAUCCGAAGGACAAGUCGCCUGAUCCACAGCGCAACGGAUGCACUCGUCCUGGAUGCUCGUGUCGAUAUUUUCCUCUUCUUUUUGUCUUUUCAUUAACAACCUCGGCUCGGACUUAGAAGGGGGGGGAAAAAAGGAUGCAGCACGCCGUUGCCAGCCUUUCAUCUGGCAGUCAACCGAACAGAGACAGACGGGCGGAGCGAGAACGAGGUUCCCCAAGAGGCUGACACUCUGAGGUAGACGGGCUGACCGACUUCCUGCCGUUCACGUGGGGAUCCAGGACGCCGGCUCAGCUCUGACAAACCAACUGCUGCAAAGCCCGAGGGGAAAAAAUACAUUUGUAAAGUCUGAUCUGAGUUGGUCGAGGAGUGGAGUCUAGACACUGAACCACAAAACCCCUUCAUUUGAAUCAAUGAGGGCUACUAAUGCUGAACUCCAGCUUUCCUACUUCUUUUCGGCUACUUUGGACACUUAGUGUUAAACUUUGUGAGAGCGCCGCCUCCGUUUGACCUGUGACCAGGUUCGUUCCUCAAAAAAAAAACUUUUCAAACUGGCUCCCACGAGACAAAAAUGGAAAAUCUAGCCUCAGCCCUCAAAACGUUAAACAAAAGCUCAGAGAACAGCAACUGCGGCGAGACCUUCAGCAGCUAUGAGGAGUCUCUUCCUUCUGCCGAAGGGAGUCCGAGUCGCAUGGGCCGCCUCGCCAAGCCCAAACCUGGCAUGAGCUGCAGGCGGAAGCGCGAGUUCAUUUCGGACGAGAAGAAAGACGCCAGCUAUUGGGAGAAACGCCGCAAGAACAACGAGGCGGCCAAGCGCUCCCGGGAGAAACGCCGUCUCAACGACAUGGUGCUGGAGAACCGCGUCAUGGCCCUGAAUGACGAGAACGUGAGGCUCAAGACGGAGCUGCUGCAGCUGAAGCUGCGCUUCGGCCUCAUAACCACUGCCUCCUACAUCGAGAAGAGCCAGCAAAUGAGCGGCAGCGGCAACGCGGAAAACGGGGGCUCGUCCUCCUCCUCCUCGGCCCCGUACUACUCCAGCGGUUACUCCAGCGGCUCCCAGGUGAUGAUGAACUCUGACUCUUCAGAAACGGAGCAGUCCGGACGUGGCGAGGGCCACAGGCAGAUGGUGAAGUACUCCCCGCACGGCUCCCUGUCAGACAUGUCCGACGGCUUCUCCAGGGACAGCCCCGAGCCGCUGCCGUUUGAGAUCAAACAGGAAGGAGAUCGGCUGGAGAUGGACAUUGCCAACGGCAACACCACCACCCAGAUCAUGUUCAACGUCCACCGUGGUCUGGCCUCCGAGCCCGCUCACCACCAGAUCCAGCAGCACUCUCAGGAGCUGGAGGCCGCAUAUCACACCCAUCAGCAGCAGCAGCACCACCACCACCAUCAUCAACAACAACAACAGGAACAACCCCAUCAGGAGCCGGGGAACACCAUCAACACAGUCAGCCAGCCUGCCCCCCACCCACCUGCUGCCCAGAGGAGCGUCAUUCUGUACGGCUCCAGCAGCGCAUCCUAUCCUGUGGACGCCCUGAUGAGGCACCAGGACGCCGAUGUGCCGGCAGCCCAGAAGCAUGGCGCCGACGGCCAGCCGUGUGCCAGUUGGCUGCCCCAGUUCAUGACGGAGAGCGCCACGGAGACACUGGCUGAGGUGACGGAGCAGCUGGAGAGGAAGACGUUGCACUCCCCCGCGUAUGAGCCGUCAGACGGCCGGGAUGAGUCCGGAGAGAGAAAGGGGCACAGGGUUUGCCAACCCGCCCAGCAGCCGCAGCACCACCAGCAAGAGAGACAUUCGUCUGCAGAGGUCCUCCACAGACAGGUGGAGGGGGUCGACCACCCCCACCUGUAUCACUCUCAUCAGCAGCCCCACCAUUCGUACCUCAGUGCCCAAGAUGAGGAGCCCCCGGUGCUCACCUACGAGGGCGGGCACGGGGGCGGGGCUUACUACCGAGGCCCGUCGCACCCCAAGGACACGUCAUCCAGCUCCGACAAAGACGCGUCUACGGACGACGAAGAGUUCCCACCCUCCUCUUCCUCAGGCACGGUCGACUACCACGGCCAACUUGUCAGCAGCCUGCACCCUCCGGCCUCGCCUCCGCCCCCCACCUCCCAGGCCCCGGGCCGGGAUCCCCAGGUGGAGGUGAAGGGCACGGCGCUGCCCCACAAAUUGCGGCUCAAGCACCGAGCCAUGAGCAGCGGAGGCAACUGCGAGGGCCGAGAAUCCCCGACGACCCCGCCGCCUGCCACGCCGCCCCCCCUGCCCCAGCACCCCUACCUGUCCCUCAUGUCGCUGCAGAACAUUACGCAAGAGAGCCCGGUCAGAGGCUUCAGGCAGGCAGCCCCAGCGGAAGGGGGCAGGACAGAGAGUGGGAAAAAGGAGACGGGGGGGCGACGGAACAAGAGGCGAGAUUAGGCUACAAGUGCUGCAGUAAAUGCCCUGAACUACCCCGCCCAUCAUGCCUUUGCCCCAUAACCCAACACCCCCUCCCCGAGCCCCUGGGACCGCUCUACUUCCUUAUGCCCAACGUCCCCCAAAAAAGGCUGGACGUCUUGUGGGGCUGCAUCAUAUUUGUAUAUAUUGUACAGAUUGUCAUUUCUUACAUCCUCUACAUACUUACAGAAGCACUUUUUUUUAUGCGAUGAGAGGAGGAAUGGAACGGCGUUCCUAAAAAAACAGCAGAGCAUAUGGACGUUUUGAUCACAAACAAGAAUGCAGGACGAGGAAAAGUUCUGAGCUUUAUCAGUACUACAAAUUUGGUGAAUAUGUAAUUGUAAACAAAGCAUACACAUGUGUGGCUAUCUGCCUUAAUCUAAUGCAAAUGUACACUGGGGACAUUCCCUCGACCAAAGAGACACUGACACUACAAACAUCGAGUUCCAUACCUCUUCCCAGACCCUACCUCUACCGACCCACACUCCCCAGCCAUCUCCAUCAUUUCACUCAAUUUUGCAGUCACCUUUAUUUUUUUGAAGCACUUGGUUUGUAUAUUACUGUGAUUUAUGAAUAUGUGUAUUAUAAAUAUAUAUUUUACCAACAAUUUUGAAUACAAAUUCAACAAAAACGUGAGACCUGCAAUGGUUAAAAAAAAAAGUUCUUUUUUAAAUAAAAGCGACCAUCCCAUUAUGAAUCACAAUUGACGUACCUUUGUCCGCUGUUUGCUACGGGACUCAUUAGAAUUGUUAAAAAGCGCCUCUUACUUGAUUGUUCUGCCUUGCAUUGCCAGUUUUUUAAUGCCCUGUUUACACGGAAACGGUCCGGUUCGGCGCGACAGCAGCACUGAAACGGACAACGCGUUUCCUGAUGCGAGGGCCUCGGUAAAAUGUUCGGACUGCUUAACCUUUAACCAGCCUUUACACAUUUGGUGGAACUCACCAGCUGCAGGCUGCAAGCCUCUACUUUUUUUGAGCUUUAUCGACCAUAUCUUGUUGUUGUUGCCCUUCCCUGGCCCAGUGUAUUUAUUUCCUCUUUCCCACACGACCAUCGCUGUCAAAAAGGCCUCAGGAACAUAGACGGAGAACAUGUACAGACCUUUUUAUGACUCAUCCCGCGGCCGCGAGCUUGUAAUGGCGGUGUAGGGUGCUUCGGGCGGGAGGGGGGCUGCUGCACAUAGAUUUGAUUUGUUUUUUUGCAUUUCGACCAAGCAUGAGCCCAGAGGUUCCCAUUGGCUCCCAGAUGGAGGGGUUGUUGGGAAACUAAAGCUAAUGAAAAACCAAAAUGAUCUAAUUCCACCAAUUUGUGCCAGGGCUGAAAAUCCGACAUUCAAUUUGUGAAUAAAAGGGCCUCCCUCGUGCCGCCAUUAAUCAUUUCAGGCGGCCUUCAUCCCUUCGUGGUGGUGGUUCUGCUGCCAGACGGCGAUGAAUCGCCUGCACAGAAUCCCAUUUUAGCAAAGGUCUAUGUACCAUUUGGCUUUUUGAUGAUUGUGUAUAAAUGUAAAGUGUCCCCCCCUCCCUCUUGAACUACACUGUAAUGUUUAUUUCAUUGGUUUUAUAUUUUUUUUUGUCAAGGUGUGUUUCGUUUUCUCUACACUGUCUUUCUCUCCAAUUGACUGUGAUGACAUGUAAUUGCCCCAUUCCCCCACCACCUUUUAUCAGUGUGUAUUAAUCAGUACCGUUUGUGGUUUUGCAAAAAGACGAGGAGGGAAGAAAAAGAAAAAAAGUGGGUGAAGAUAGUGUGGUCUUUAGAGAUGGGUGGUGGUUAGUCAUUACCAUCGCUCGCUUUUGACAUGAAUAUGUAUGUAAAGACACUAAUGUUCAUUGUGGAAGAUGGGAGCAUUUCAAGAUCGAAAAUAAAACAAAGUUGACGCUAUCAACAUAUCAUGAAAA